AUCUUUUCCAUAUUCUAACGCACGCCUAUAUAACGGCAGAGCUACAAAAAUUAGGGUAUAAAAACCCCCAAUCUUUCUCCCUCUCUUCAGCUCUGCUCUCUCCAGCUCAAGAACACGAGAUAAUAUCUUGAUAAGGAAGAAGAAUGGCAACGUUCGAGUUAUACCGUAGAUCGACGAUCGGGAUGUGCCUGACCGAAACUUUGGACGAGAUGGUUUCAAAUGGAGUUCUCAGUCCUGAGCUCGCCAUCCAAGUUCUUGUUCAGUUCGACAAGUCGAUGACUGAAGCUCUGGAAACCCAAGUUAGGAGCAAGGUGUCCAUUAAGGGACAUCUGCACACAUACAGAUUCUGCGACAACGUUUGGACCUUCAUCUUACAAGAUGCUGUAUUUAAGAACGAGGAAAGCCAGGAGAACGUUGGUCGGGUGAAGAUAGUGGCAUGUGACUCGAAGCUCCUCAUACAAUGAGAUGCCACAUAAAGGGUUUUAUUUCAUUCCGGUGGUGGUAGAGGGGAUGUUGGAAAAGAAGAGAAGGAAGUACCUUCUCCUGUCAGUUGUCAGUUGUAGUUGCAGGCAUGAGAUUAUGAGGAUUAAACACUCGUAAAAACCAAAUCAAACUGCGUGACUAUAAUUUCUGGAUGUCAUUUAACCACGCCGCGUAUAUUGGAUGGUUAUUUCGUCUUGUGUAUCGUAUUUUAAAUAAGUUAGAUGUCUUGGAUUAUAGCUUGAACAUUUUGAAUGCGGCUUGUUUAGUUAAAAAAACUUGUUGGAAAAGAUUUGUAGCAAUGAUGGAAUAGGAUCUUCCUUCAAGUGAUUUCAUUUUGGAAUUCUGUUUGUGAAUAUAUGGGAUCAUCACUGUAGUACUUGAAUUAAAAAAACUGAGCACCUUGUAGUCUGUAAUACAAUGUUGCAGCUUCAAUUCU